AUGCUUAAGGGUCUUUUUGUCAUUGUGCCUUCUGUCCUACUGAAAUCAGAAAUAGAUUCCAUCCAAAUCGCAAAUAAUCAACCACCAUAUCAUCGGCAUGACUUAUCCUUUUCUUUGAAGCUGAAGUAUACUUAUCAACGAACGAAUUUCAAGAUAGCAGGAAAAUACAAACCAAACGCCUCUAUAAAAAUGGAUGUCGAAUUGCCAGUUGAUAAGUUAAUGUUAGUGCCCAUUGAGCAAAAUGCUUCAUCACAUUCCAACAUAAAGGGAAAAAUCCAUGUAGUUUUGGUAUCCCCAGGAAGCUUCAAUCCUCCUACAUUCAUGCAUUUACGCCUUUUUGAAUUGGCAAGAGAUGUACUUAACUCAAAAGGAUUCAAUGUUGUUGGAGGUUAUAUGUCACCUGUAAACGAUGCAUACAAAAAAAAGGGUCUCAUACCAUCUGAACACCGUAUUACAAUGUGCCAAUUAGCUUGCAAAAGUUCUGAUUUUGUAAUGGUGGAUGCAUGGGAGGCAAAACAAACUUCAUUUCAACGCUCAUUGACUGUAUUGUCAAGAAUCAGAAGCUUCUUUUCUGAUAAUGGACUCAUACCUAAUGCAUCUUUAAAGGUGAUGCUUGUUUGUGGCUCUGAUCUGUUAGAAUCAUUUGGCAUUCCUGGAGCUUGGAUACCUGACCAGGUGAGGAGUAUAUGCAGAGAUUAUGGUGUUGUUUGUAUCCGUAGAGAAGGUCAAGACAUUGAGAAAAUCAUCUCACACAUAGACAUUUUGACAGAAUACAGGAAUAACAUCCAAGUGGUUGAUGAAAUAGUUCCAAACCGUAUUAGCUCAACUUUAGUAAGAGAUUGCAUUUCGCGGGGUUUAUCGGUGAAGUAUUUGACAUCAGAUGAAGUUAUUGAUUACAUCAAACAACACCAGCUCUACACAAACCAACAACAAAAUGUGUAGCACAUGGUAUUAUUACCAGGUCACAUGGCAUCUAUAUACUAAUUUUUUAAUGAAAUUGUUGUACAUGUUAAUUAAUAAUACUGUUAUAACUGUUUUUGAAUUAUUGGCAUACACCAUAUGUGAAAUAUUAUCUCGAAAACACAAUAAACCUAUGUUAUUUGACAAUAUAAAAUAAAAUUUGGGAAUGAA